AUGGAAAAUAAAAAUUCAAGAAAAUAAAAGUUGUGGCUGCAAAUUGCCUAUCAAUUUGUUGCAUCCCCAAUCCAUUAACCAAUUCUAUUCACUCACUUCUCUCUCUAAGGGCUUGGCCUUCUGGUUGCACCUGAACCAUAAAGACUAAAAAUAAAUAAAUACAUUUAUUAAAUAAACAUAAGUAAAUGAUUAAGAAAGUGAGAAGUUAAAGAGAUUCUUGCUUAUGGUUGAAAAUCUCCUUCUUCCCAUUAAAAAACCAUAAAAUUAGUUACACAAGUUGCCUGGUUUUUUUGGUUCCAGGACAGAAAAAAGAAAGAAAUGGUAGAUAUCUAACGGGGAGAUAAUAAAGUUGGUGGUGAGUUGAGAUUUUUUAUUGGUGGAGAUGUCAGGUGGUGGUUGUAGUAUAGUUUGGUUUAGGAGAGAUCUAAGAGUUGAAGAUAAUCCAGCACUCGCAGCCGGUGUGAGGGCUGGUGCUGUUGUUGCAGUUUUUCUAUGGGCUCCUGAGGAAGAGGGUCCUUAUUAUCCAGGGAGGGUGUCUAGGUGGUGGCUCAAGCACAGUUUGGCUCAUCUUGAUUCUUCUUUGAGGAGCCUUGGUACUUGUCUCAUCACCAAGAGAUCCACUGACAGUGUUUCUUCUCUUCUUGAGGUUGUUAAAGCAACUGGUGCUACUCAGCUCUUCUUCAACCAUUUAUAUGACCCCUUGUCGCUGGUAAGGGAUCACCGUGCAAAGGAGCUCUUAACUGCACAAGGCAUAGCUGUGCGCACGUUUAAUGCGGAUCUGCUCUAUGAACCAUGGGAGAUAAAUGAUGCACAAGGCCGCCCUUUCAUGACAUUUGCUGCAUUCUGGGAGAGAUGCCUUAGUAUGCCUUACGACCCUGAUUCUCCACUUCUCCCACCUAAGAGGAUAAUUUCAGGUGAUAUAUGUAGGUGCCCUUCAGAUACAUUAGUGUUUGAAGAUGAAUCAGAGAAAGGGAGCAAUGCUCUUCUUGCACGAGCAUGGUCGCCUGGGUGGAGCAAUGCUGAUAAGGCUCUCACCACAUUUAUUAAUGGGCCUUUAAUUGAAUACUCUAAGAAUCGGAGAAAGGCUGAUAGUGCCACAACCUCACUUCUUUCACCGCACCUGCAUUUUGGGGAGGUGAGUGUGAGAAAAGUCUUCCAUCUUGUCCGCAUCAAGCAGGUUUCCUGGGCCAAUGAAGGGAACAAGGCUGGUGAUGAGAGUGUGAACUUGUUUCUCAAGUCAAUUGGUCUUCGGGAAUAUUCAAGAUAUAUGAGUUUUAACCAUCCUUACAGUCAUGAAAGGCCUCUCCUUGGGCACCUUAAGUUCUUUCCUUGGGUUGUUGAUGAAGGCUAUUUUAAGGCAUGGAGACAAGGUAGAACUGGCUAUCCACUGGUGGAUGCUGGCAUGAGAGAGUUGUGGGCCACUGGCUGGCUUCAUGAUCGGAUACGAGUUGUAGUUUCUAGUUUCUUUGUAAAGGUUCUUCAGCUUCCAUGGAGAUGGGGAAUGAAGUAUUUCUGGGAUACCCUUUUGGAUGCAGAUUUAGAGAGUGAUGCUCUUGGUUGGCAGUACAUAUCUGGCACUCUUCCUGAUGGCCGUGAAAUUGACCGGAUAGACAAUCCACAGUUUGAGGGUUACAAGUUUGACCCGAAUGGAGAAUAUGUACGAAGGUGGCUUCCUGAACUUGCUCGACUGCCAACUGAAUGGAUACACCACCCUUGGAAUGCACCGGAGUCUGUACUCCAAGCUGCUGGCAUUGAGCUUGGAUCCAAUUAUCCUCUCCCCAUUGUGAGUAUAGAUGCAGCAAAAGCUAGGUUGCAAGAAGCACUUACUGAUAUGUGGCAGCAAGAAGCAGCUUCAAGAGCUGCAAUUGAGAAUGGAACUGAGGAAGGUCUUGGAGACUCAUCUGAAGCUGCCCCAAUUGCAUUUCCUGAAGAUAUACAAAUGGAGGAAAACCAUGAACCUGCUAGGAAUAAUCCUCCUACCACAAUUCGGUGUUAUGAGGAUCAGAUGGUCCCAAGCAUGACUACUUCUUUGGUGAGAGUUGAAGAGGAAGAGUCUUCCUCAGAUCUUCGAAAUUCAGCAGAAAAUAGCAGAGCAGAAGUUCCAAGAAAUGUGAAUGUAAAUGUAAAUCAAGAACCUAGAAGAGAUACAUUGAAUCAAGGGGUUCUACCUACAGUUCGCAACAACCACCCUUUGCCACAAUUUAAUAUUACAGGAGGUCUGGGAAAUGCUGAAGACUCCACGGCUGAAUCUUCUAGUACCAGUAGAAGAGAGAGGGAUGGAGGGGUGGUUCCCGUUUGGUCUCCUUCAACUUCUAGUUACUCGGAGCAGUUAGUAGGUGAUGAAAAUGGCAUUGGAACAAGUUCGUCGUACUUGCAGAGGCAUCCACAGUCUCACCAAAUAAUGAAUUGCAGGCGGCUUUCUCAAACUGGGUAAAACAUUAUACAUGACUUGCACUGGAAUCUAGGAAGGUGGAGUAUGAAAUGAUGCCCAAUCCUGUGGGCCAAAGAGAUGAUAAAUCAGUAUCAUACAUUCAUCUUAUCUACCCACUUUUCUUCUCACUAAAUUGUUAGGCAGUUCCGUCCUGUGUGCAUGAAACUCCAAAUUAGUACAGGCAUCUGAUUUGCCAUCCUUUUCCUUCUUGUACCAUAUACGUAGCUCUGCUGUAUAGUAUUUAUUGUUCUCAUAAGGGAGAGAAGAGUCGUGGUAGGGAUGUGUAGUCCUCUAAUAAACCCAGGUUUGUGCUUUUUCAGUUAAUUAGGCUGGUAUUUUAAUGUAGUUUAUGAUUAUGCCAUCUUC